GCUUAUUUCGAGAAGAGGCUAUAUAGUUAAUAAAUAACCCUCGAUGUUUUACUUUCCAAGCCAGACUUGCGCAGCAGUCAUUCAACCUUUUCCUUCAUUCAUCAUCCUUUCUUUAAACAAUAAACGAUCUUUUCAGUAAUUGUGACGAAUUAGCAAGAAUGUCCAUGGAGCUGAAAGACGUCGCGGCCACAGCAGAGACACAGGCUAGUCUUCAACAGCAACUUUGGGAGAUCACUCAGACCCCAUGGAAAUCUGACAUCCUUCCCAGUGCCAAACAUCUGGCUCAAGCAAGAGCAAGUCUACCACCGAGUCUUACGAAUGAGGGCAUAGGAUUUGAAACUACAAAAGAACAUAUAAUAAGCGACAUUGUCCCCGCUUUCAAUGGAAGCAGUAUAAGUCCCAACUAUUACGGCUUUGUCACUGGUGGGGUGACGCCUGCUGCCUUAUUUGCAGACAAUAUUGUAUCUGCAUACGAUCAGAAUGUCCAAGUCCAUCUUUCUGGGCACUCCAUUGCCACGGAUGUAGAGUCUAAUGCUCUGGGUCUCCUUGUCGAUCUUUUGCACUUGGAACGAGCCGACUGGCAUAAUGGCACUUUCACUACCGGGGGUUCGGCGAGUAACGUUCUCGGGCUAGCUUGUGGACGCGAGUAUGUGUUACGUGCUGCGGCCGACAAGGCAGGAGUUACUAACAAAAGCGUUGGGGAGCAUGGAUUGUUUGAAGUCAUGCAGGCGUCGGGAUUGUCGGGUAUUCAGAUUUUGUCAACAUUACCGCAUUCAUCUCUUGUCAAAGCAGGUGGAAUCUUGGGGAUCGGCCGAGCAAAUAUCAAAAACAUUUGUCAAGACAGUAAUCCACUUCUAUUUGACAUGGAAAAGCUUGAGCUCGAACUAGCAAGAUCUGAAAAGGCAAGUAUCGUCGCGGUAUCUUGUGGUGAAGUCAACACUGGACAAUUCGCGACGGCCGGCAUUGAUGAGAUGCGAGAACUACGCAAAUUGUGUGACACGUACGGCGCCUGGCUACAUGCUGACGGAGCCUUUGGGAUAUUCAGCCGUGUUCUCGACGAUAGUCCGGAGUUUUCUACCAUUAAGAAGGGGGUCGAAGGCAUUGAGCUAGUCGAUUCUAUUGCAGGUGACGGACACAAAUUGCUUAACGUGCCGUAUGACUGCGGCUUCUUCCUCUGUCGCCAUCCUAAUGAAGCUUAUAAUGUGUUCCAAAAUGCAAAUGCGGCCUAUUUGACAGGGCACAACAAUGGCCCUCCCUCGAUUCCCUCACCUUUGAACAUUGGAGUUGAGAACUCUAGGCGUUUCAGGGCGCUCCCUGUCUAUGCUUCUCUUGUUGCCUACGGCAGAACUGGGUAUCAGGCUAUGCUCAAGAAACAGAUUCGGUUGGCUAGGUUGAUUUCAGGAUGGCUAUUUGAUCAUUCGGAAUACAAUGUCUUGCCAGAGGCCACUAGUAAGGAGGAGUUAAUGGACCAAACUUUCAUGACUGUCCUGUUUAGUGCGAAACAAGACGACUUGAAUAAAGUUCUUGCAUCAAAGAUAAACGAGACAUCUAAGAUAUUUGUUUCUGGAACCUCAUGGCAAGGGCGACCGGCUUGUCGGAUUGCCAUCUCCAAUUGGAGAGUCGAUGAAAACAGAGAUAUUGAAGUCGUGACAAAUGUGCUGAAGAGCGUUGUUGAAAGGUUCUAAACUGAUAGCGAGAAUCUACUAUUCAAAUGUUACUGGCACUUGAUCGAAUGUAGACACUAGUCAUUCUUAAGGUACCA